UGCUAUGAGACUAUUUCCAGCAUGGAGGUGGGAAGGCGAGUACCCGUUGCGGUCACGUGAGAAGAGAGGGCGGAAGGUUGGCUUCCUGGUGUGUGAGAAGUGUUGAAAAGAAAGGUGUCCUAGGAGUGUUUUCUCUCCUUGUUAGGGGUGCCGCUUCCACUGUCGGGCUGGGUGGAGAACGAUGAGUGUCGUGAGGCGGUGGCUGAGGAGCACAAACUUCAGGAGCUUCGAAAUCUUUUUCGUGUUUCCCUCCGCGGUGGCUCUAUCGCACUGUUGAUUUGUGCUGCCGGAGACGAAAGGAACCUGGAAAGGGCCCGUCCCCGCCCACUUCUGCAAUGAGUUUGCUGGCCGCAGAAUACUGAAUCAGAGAUAACUAAGCAUAGACAUAAAACAGCCAGGAGUAGAAUUGGAGGUCAGUGGGGAUGAGCAGUAGCCAAGGCGGAGCCUUGACCCACUAUGGAAUUCAACCUCUCAAAACUGUCAUGGAUGAACUGGCAGAAGAUGACAUUGAUAUUUUAAACCGUGAAAAAGCAGACACUCAUCAUAGGCGGGAUGGAGAAAUUCCUCUGCCCGUAUAUUCAGGCGACGAAUCUGUUGCGUCACAUUUUGCACUGGUCACUGCUUAUGAAGACAUUAAGAAACGACUGAAAGAGACAGAAAGGGAGAACUCCCUCUUAAAGAAAAGAGUAAGAGUGUUAGAAGAAAAGCUUCUUGGCUCCCAUUUGGAAGAAAAAACAAGCUCUGUAGGUCGUGAGCAGGUUAACAAAGCCUACCAAGCAUAUCGAGAGGCUUGCAUUGAACGAGAUAAUCUGAAAAGUAAACUGGAUAAAAUGAUGAAAGAGAACACUGAAUCCCUGAAAAAUUUGAAUGAACAGUUGCAGUCCAAGGAAGUGGAGCUCCUGCAGCUAAGAACCGACCUGGAAACUCAACAAGGUGCACCUUGUUAUCAGUGUAAAUUGAUGAAGACUCUGAAUUCUACCCCAUCUAGCUGGGAAAUAGACAAGCUGAAUAAUGCCCUAAAAGUGCACAGUUUGGAGCAGGAUUUGGAGAAGCUGAGGGAAGAAUGUACUGAUCUUAGAAAAGAACUACAGAAAUCUAUACAGAAGGUUGUAUCCCAGGAAGGGGCUUUAGCAAAUGGAGAGUUUGUCCAGCAGCAGAACAGCAUUCCUAGUGAAAAUAUUCAGCAAGCGUACUGGGAACUGAAGAGGGAGAUGUCUAAUCUUCAUCUGGUGACUGAAGUGCAAGCUGAAAUGCUGAGAAAACUGAAACUGAUUCCAUCUGCAACCAAGAAAGUGUCAUCCUAUGCCGCUGCUCAGAGUAUUGAAGACUUUGAAAAGGACACCACAAAUCUUUAUUCAGCUGCUUCUGGAGCAAUGUGCAAAAAGAGGCAACUUCCACCAAGUGACCAUGUUUUCAGCAAUGCUGUGUCUUCCCCCUCAUGUACGGAUGAGAGACUUAUCCCAGUUUGUGACUCUCCAUUUCAGGAACAUAACUCGUAUGGAAAGAGCUCUCUGGAAGAUAAUUCUUGGGUCUUCCCAAGCCCUCCAAAACCUAGCGAGACAAUGUUUUGGGAAAUGAAAAACCGAGUGUCUCACUUAAACUUUCCAGAAAACAAUUUGGAUCACUGUAACCAAAACUGCCUGCACAAGAGCUAAGAACUUUAGGAGGCACUUGAUUUAGCUUUGAAUAGGCUGUUGUACAUGUAAGAGGAAAAUAGCUAAUGGGAAGGAGGAGGAUGAAAGUGUGGUAAUCUAAGCCAGGUUUUACUCUUCCCUUAUCUAGUUUUGAAAGCAGACCAUUUAAAUCAACAGAAAUGGCAUAUAAGGCCUAGUGUACAUGCAUUAGGUUCCAAUUGCACACCUGCAAAUUAUAGAGUAUUAAGUCUCAGAGUAAAACAAAAGUUGUACAUUGCAAUUGUGUGAAUAUUGCUAUGAAAUACAGUAUCUUCAGACAUUUCUACAAGCUGUCAGAAUGUCCUCUCUUUUUUGACACUGGCUCCUCCUUUAGGCCUCUCAGGUAAAGAAUAGAAUGUGAUUUAACUUUUACCUCCAGUUCUGACACAGUGUCCUUUUUUCCUUAAUAUGUGGUGUGUGUUGGCAAUGGGAAGAAAAGAUAAACAAGUGAAACGAUUGUGCCUCGUACAGUGAGCCAAAUUACUAGGAUUCCUUGUGUCAACUAUGUGCCUUUGUUGCACUUAGAGUGAAGGAUCUGAGGUAGUAAAGAAAGAAUAUUUUUAAAACUUCAUGGCAGAUAUUGUCUUCACAAGUGGUGGUGGUCUAGCAUUACCCUAGCCAAAAUGCUGUGACUAUGCAGGUGCCUAUCUGCCAGUUACCAAAAACUUUGCUUUAUGACUCCUAAGCCUGCUAAUUGCUUUGAUGUUGAAAACUCCAGGCGCCGCAAUAUAAGCAGGCCGAACUACAAUAUGCUAAAGGCAUGUAAUCUUUUGAUGAUAGUUCAUAAUUUAUGGCCUAUAUUCAUACGGUGCAUUAAGUAUCCAAAACAUUAUGUAGAUAGGUAACUCAAUAUUCUCUUGGCAAUCAAACAAUUCCUAACCUCCUGCUUAUCCUGUAUUACUGAUUAGCUUGUAGUCAAGAUUUAGUAGUAGAAUCUAUUAAUCCAUAUUGAGCUACUUUCAAGCAAAGAAGAGUGGAUGCCUUCAGGGUCCAUUAAUGUCCAGAUUUCCAGCAUUAGUUUUCCCUCCUUGGCAAAGUCUCACCAGAGCCUGACAACACAAUGAGGGACCAUCUGUCAGUUUUGUUAGUUCUAUGCCAGACUCCCAUCUGAUCAUUCCAACAGUUACAAACAAGUGUCUUCAGCCAUUUCAUCCCCCUCCUCCUUUCCAAUCUGCACUGGAAACACUGCACUGGAAAAAUUAAAAUCUUCAUUGGACCUAAUAGAAUAGGGGUGGGCAACCUGUGAGCCUUGGCCUAAUUUCAAAAGCCCUGCAAGGGAUCAGUUCAGACCUUCAGUCUGAACAUGUCCCUUCUCUGGCAACCUGCUGGGUGGGGAAAGAGAAAAGGUGGCUAUACCUACUCCACUCUGGCUCUGCCUGCUCCUGGCUUCUGGUGUGUGACCCCUGAUGGACUGUGCUGAGAGGAAUGAGCCCAUAGAGAGAAAAGGUUCCUUCCCCCUGUAAUAGACACAUGUUCUUAAACAAUUAAAAAUGACCUGCCAAGAAGCUGUGUUCUUAAGCAGUACAACUGUUAUCAGUGGUGUUCUCUAAAAGGAAAAGUGCUUAGUCUUCCUUACAUUACAGCUCUAAAUAUUUCAGUGCUGGCUGCUUUUUUCUUUGUCUCAUACUGGAGAGAGUUUUAUCUGUGGAACGAACAAUGUCUUCUACUGCAUUAGUGAAUGGCAUACAUAAAUAACAUACAUACCAUUCACCAGAUUUUUUUCCUUAUCUUCCUCACGUAACCUGGCUUGUCUAUGAUUAAUGGAAAUGGUGUCAGAUGCUGGAAUUUAUUCUGACCAAUGAACAUAGCUGACUCAAGGGAGUACAAUCUCCUGAAGAGUAAUAGAACAGAAUCCAAUAUGCAUAACAUAAAUCCAAAUCACUAGACUUCAGCUGAUAGAACCAACUACCUGUGUAAUAAAGCAACAAAAGCCAUUUCUCAUGUGGCUGCAUAGCUCAAAUGUGUUUUUCAGGGCUGCUUCUUAGGUUACAGAGACUUGGAUAAGUAUCACCGGCCAGUCCGCUGACCGCUUAACAUUUUGAACAAUGUACUGAAGAAAUGGUCAUAUUUUUAAAUA